GCGCCCUGGGACGCCGACAGUCGGCGUGCGCACCCCGCCAAUGGCACGCCCCCCGAGCCCACGACCGCUGCUGCCUGCGCUCCUGCUGCUGCUGCUGCCGCUGCUGCUCCGAGCGGGGGACCACCUCCCCACAGAAGGCCGGCUCAUGAACAGCUGUAUCCAGGCCAGGAGGAAGUGCCAGGCCGAUCCCACUUGCAAUGCUACCUACCACUACUUGAAUUCCUGUGCCUCUAGUAUAAGCACCUCAUCACCUGCAGAGGAGCCUUUGGUCCCUGAGGACUGCAUGGAGGCAGCACAGCAGCUCAGGAAUAGCUCUCUGAUGAGCUGCACAUGCGAUCGGCGCAUGAAGAACCAAGCUACCUGCCUGGACAUCUACUGGACCGUUCACCCUGCCCGUAGCCUUGGUGACUAUGAGCUGGAUGUCUCUCCCUAUGAAGACACAGUGACCAGAAAACCCUGGAAAAUGAAUCUCAGCAAACUGAACAUGCUCAAACCAGACUCGGACCUCUGCCUCAAGUUCGCCAUGCUGUGCACUCUUAAUGACAAGUGUGACCGGCUGCGCAAGGCAUACGGGGAGGCGUGCUCCGGGUCCCGCUGCCAGCGCCACACUUGCCAAAGGCAGCUGCGCUCCUUCUUCGAGAAGGCGUCGGAGCCCCACGCUCAGGGCCUGCUGCUGUGUCCGUGCGCGCCCACCGACCAGGGUUGCGGGCAGCGCCGGCGCAACACCAUCGCCCCCAGCUGCUCACUGCCAUCGGAGGCCCCCAACUGCCUGGAGCUGUGGCACAUAUGCGUGUCCGACCCGCUGUGCAGAUCGCGCCUGGCGGAUUUUCAGACCCACUGCCAUCCCAUGGACAUCCUAGGGACCUGUGCAACAGAGCAGUCCAAAUGUCUGCGAGCAUACAUGGGGCUGAUUGGGACUGCCAUGACUCCCAACUUUGUCAGCAAUGUCAAUGCCAGUGUUGCCUUAAGCUGCACCUGCCGAGGCAGUGGCAAUCUGCAGGAGGAGUGUGAGCGGCUGGAAGAGUCCUUCUCCCGAAACCCCUGCCUCAUGGAGGCCAUUGCAGCUAAGAUGCAUUUUCACAGCCAACUCUUCUCCCAGGACUGGACAGCCUCUACCUUUUCCCCGAUGGAACGCCAGAACAAAAACCCUGCUCUGAGGCCACAGCCCUGGGUGCCCUCUCUUUUCUCCUUUACACUUACCUUGAUUCUGCUCCUGAGCCUCUGGUAG